AUGGCACUAGCCUGCAUCGUUAUGGUUCUCAGCUUAGCGCAUCUCCUCAACGCUAUGCCCCUGCACUGUGAACUCCUGCUUCCACAAAUCCCAGACAACACUACAGCAUCCAAGCUCCUGGGGAAAUGGUUCUACAUAGCUGGUGCUUCACAGUUCCCCUUUCACCUGCUGGAAAUGGUGCUGAUAGAUAACGGUUAUCUUGAUGUGAACCCUACUGAACAGGAGCGGGAGUUACUCAUCAACCAGCAUAUCACAGUCAGGGACAAAUGUCUCUCAAGCAACUCAACUUACCUUGAAGUCUCUAUCAAUAAUGCCACACUGAUCAAGUAUGCCAAGAACCAGCGCACCAUGGGGAAGCUCAUGAACAGCAGUUCAGAAGAAAUUUUCCUUAUUCAAUACCAGCUGCAUAAGGAGGAAAAGAACUACACAGGAUUGUAUCUUUAUGCCCGGAACCAAAACAUGAGUAAAACUCAGUUGGAGGAAUUCAGAGACCAUGCUAAAUGUCUGGGUCUUCAUGAAGAGGAAAUCAUUUAUGCACCAUGGCAGAAGAAGGAGCUAUGCCAAAUGAAAGAAACCAAACAAACGAUUCCCCAGGCAAGACGACCCCAGCUACAGUACUAG